AUGAUCUCAAGCUCAGUCCCGACGGCUGCCGAAGGACCGGAUUUUCUUGGCCCCAACGGUGCGUCACUCCGUCCCGCAGCCAGCCCGACGCUGCAUGAAGUCCUUUGCAACUGGCGCGGCAACUGCAUUCUGUACAAGAUCCCGGCUGGCACGCCACUUCCCGCCGGGCUCACUCUGCUGCACGAGCACAGCGAUCACUAUUCGCUGCAGACAACCAAGCCAAUCUCCCUGCCCGACCUGCAGAAGGCCAUGACUGCAUUCAUUGCUCCGUUCAAGCUGCAGCAGACGCGCGAAGAGUUCCUCGAAACGAACGACUUUUACGGAUCGUGA